AUGCUUGAUGCCGACAUGGAUUUGGCUCCGAGUCCCUCUCCAAUUUCCAGUCCCACAAACGAUUGCAUUCAUCCUGGGAAGAAUCUUAUAGGCAUAGUAGAAGUUUUGGUCGUCCUGGCCAUUGUCGCCAUGUUCAUCCUACACAUACUUGGUUCCUUGCGCCGGAGGUCUAGCAACGGUGUCAUCCACGCCCUGGUGAUGGGAGUCAGCACGCUGUCCUACCCGCUGGUGAGCUUCACCAUUGGGCGGAUGCAAUCUUCCGAUUGGCACCUCGAUGACUUCCCUGUGUGGGCCGUGUUCAUGCUUCUACUCCUUGGAAGCACGGACAACCUCACGGUCUGCCGCCUCAACGACAUCGACAACUGGAAAAGCAUCUAUGUUAAUACCCUAUUCAAGGGAUUCUUGGUGGUGUAUGUUGUUGUGAACAUUACCAUGUAUCAAAAUCAUCACUUCCGCUACCUUCACUCGAUCCUGGCCAUCCUGUUUGUCGGCGUCCUCAAGUGGUACCAGAGGAUCGCUUCCAUGAGGAUGGUGAGCAAGUCCUACCUCUGCAAGAACAUGAAGGUGAUCGCCGAAUACAUGAAGCACAAGGACAACCUGCUGAGGUCCUUCGAUCCAGUGACCAUGGAAGGCUACAAGUACAUGGUUGCUGGUGAGAAAUACUGCACCAAAGCGUCCAGGGCGCAUGCCAUGGUACCAUGA